AUGGAACUUGGACUUGGAGGCCCUACCGCACUGCCCCACUGCUCCUGGCCUAAGUGGCAGGUGAGCUCCAUUUCCACCUCUGCGCAGCCCGCCCUGUGGCCGACCUUGACCGCUCUGGUCUUGCUGAGUAGCGUCACGGAGGCCUCCCUGGACCCGAAGCCCCACAGUUUGACCACCCGCGAAGACCCCGCGCCAKUCCUGGCGCCGCCCACCCGCCACCUCCCGGGGCARCUCACGGCCCGUUUGUGCGGCGGAAGAGCCCGGCGGACACAGCCACAGCCUCCCCAACCGGUACCCCCGCCGCCCGCGCCCCCACCCCCGCCCGUGUCCCCGCCUGCUGCGCCCCGCGGUGUCCGCGCGGCGCGUGCUAGGAUCCGGGGCAGCCGCACGGGGGCCACGGGCACGCGGAGCUGCCGCCUGCGUUCGCAGCUGGUGCCGGUUCAUGCUCUCGGUCUGGGCCACAGAUCUGAUGAACUGGUGCGUUUCCGUUUCUGCAGCGGCUCCUGUCGCCGCGCUCGCACCCCGCAUGACCUUAGCCUGGCCAGCCUGCUGGACACUGGGGCCCUGAAGCCUCCCCCCGGCUCCCGGCCAGUCAGCCAGCCCUGCUGCCGGCCUACUCGCUAUGAGGCAGUCUCUUUCAUGGACGUCAACAGCACCUGGAGGACYGUGGACCACCUCUCAGCCACUGCCUGUGGCUGCCUAGGCUGA